AUGGCGAGGACGGAGAGCGACAUCGGCUGCGGAAAAGGAGAACCGCAGACCCCGGAGACGGCCCUCGAACCGGGUCGGGCCGCGGCCCGCUGGGGUUCGCAACACGCCGGCGCUCGCGAGCUGGCCAACCUGUACUCGCCAGGUAAAAGAUGUCAAGAGUGGGUCAGUGUUGUCCUUUGCUUCUCUCUUAUGGCCUUCAACUUCUUUCACCUCCUUGCCAAUUUUCAUCUGGGACACAUGUGGUACAUCUUGUUUGGCAUCGUGGUGGGGAUCCUCACUGCUGACUUUGCGUCAGGCCUUGUCCAUUGGGGGGCCGACACGUGGGGAUCGGUGGAGCUCCCCAUCUUUGGAAAGGCCUUCAUCAGACCAUUUAGGGAGCACCACAUCGACCCCACAGCCAUCACCCGUCAUGACUUCAUCGAGACCAAUGGGGACAAUUGCAUGCUGACGAUUGUACCUUUAGCGAACAUGGCCUUCAACUUCCUCACCCUCACUCCCGCGGAGAUCUACUACAACUACCCCUGGUACUGCUUCCUGUUUGCACUAGCCAUCUUUGUGACCCUUACCAACCAGAUUCACAAGUGGUCCCACACGUACUUCGGCCUGCCUUGCUGGGUGGUGUUUCUGCAGGACUGCCAUGUCAUCCUUCCCCGCAAGCACCACCGGAUCCAUCACGUCUCCCCGCACGAGACGUACUUCUGCAUCACCACAGGUUGGCUGAACUAUCCUCUGGAGAAGCUGGGCUUUUGGCGUUACCUGGAGGAACUUAUCCAUCGUGUGACGGGGGAGAAGCCCAGGUCCGACGACCUGAAAUGGGCCCACAAAGUCAAGUAACGCCCGCAGCCCAUCAGCAGCCUACCUCAGAAGAUGCCGGCUUCGCCGUGUCUUCUCAUCCCUGUUUUGCCUAACUUUAAAACUGUAACGAUAGGAUGAAAAACCUAACCAACAGUCUCUGAUGCCAUAGCUUUAAGUCUUGCACAUUUUGUUCUCUUGUUUUUUGAAAGGAUUGAUUUUUUUGUUUUUUGUUUUCAUUACUCGUGGAAAUCGUAAUAUUUUUUUGAACUUUGCCGUCUCCCCCAGCCUUGCUCUGCAUCGGGAUGUUUGACGCCAGACACACUCCACGACCCGUCGACACGAGUUGUUAAGGCCGGCCGUGUUCAGACGCGUCGCUUCAGCUCAGUCUUAGGGAGGUGAGAGGCUUCAGUCAGUCUCUUCUGUCAAAUUCAAAAAACUUGAAAGGGCAAAAAAAUGCUCCGGAGGUCUUCUUCCUCCUUUUUGUUUUUAAAGUCAUAAGGUCACAUUGGAAAGAAGAUUAAAGCGUCACAGUUUGUAUUUCCUUUGCUAGAAAAUACCAGUUCCGCUGUAGUUUCAACUUGUCUCGGGUCUGCCUCACAGGCGACAACGAAGCUCGGUUGUAGAGUAAAUACUGGAGCGGGCCGGUACAGAAGUUUAACCAUUGCCAAUAUUGAUCAGUAGCGAACAAACGACCAAAUAGCGAUGCCACAAAAAUGUCGCCGUUGUAAAGAGAAGGGCGACGAGACAUUCUCGCCACUUUUAGGAAUUUCUUUACUUUGGUGCAACGAAAUUCUGGACUUGACAGAUUUGUUUUAAUCAAGACGUACUGCUUAACGUCCGAGGAUCUCUGACAAGACCGAUGUGAGACCAAAGCAAAACAUUUGUGCAAAACCGUUUUUAGCAUCGCUGUCCCGCUAUCUGCUCAACAGCCUUCUCAGAUGACCGUGUGUCUUCGAACGAGCGAGUUAUUUUUAAGGUCUAUGUGUCUUUUCGGGAACCCUCCACCCGGCGUUGCUUUCGGACACGUGGGGGUUUUCCCAAGCAGCCUUAGCACCACAGAUGCAGUGACGGCAUGUCAUCGUUCUUUUCUAUUUGCUGCACUCUUUUUGUAAUCUGCGCUCUUUUGUACUGCAGCUGAUGAAAGCCGAACUCGCAGGAUUUCUGUCUCGGACGGCACUGAACGCAGAUGCUCUUAAGUCGUGUGCCAGCUUUACCAAACAUACACUUUCACACGUCGCAGCUUAUUUUCUUUGACUCAGAGCGGGAAUGGUCGUAGUUCAACACGUAACCACGAAACAUUCCUCGGAAUUUAACACGAUCGAUGUUGCACCACCCUGGCCGUGGUGAGGAGCAGGUUUGCUGAUGUGUACAUGGAUUUCACAGUGCAUAAAUGCAGUGUAUUAAAAGGCCCUUAAUUAUACGUUAUAACGUAAACAUUUAAAGAUCUGAUUUUGCCAAAAUUGCUUCCUCUCCCUCACCCCCCCCCCCCCAACACACACACUUGCCAAGGGGCAAAUAAUGGUUCUUGGAAUUCAGCCAGUUAAAAACUGCAUGUCAAAACUGUUUUUGCCUUUCUCUUGAGGUGUUGCUUAAGCGGGCUACAUAAUGCGGGCAUGCUACAUGUUGGCUUCUGCAGGCUACAUAACACAUGCAUGCUACAUGUUGGCUUGUGCAGGCUACAUAAUGCAUGCAUGCUAACAUGUUGGUUUGUACAAGCUACAUAAUGCAUGCAUGCUACAUGUUGAUUUGUGCAGGCUACACAACGCAUGCAAUGCUACAUGUUGGCUUGUGCAGGCUACAUAACACAUGCAUGUUACAUGUUGGCUUCUGCAGGCUACAUAACACAUGCAAUGCUACAUGUUGGCUUGUGCAGGCUACAUAACACAUGCAAUGCUACAUGUUCGCUCGUGCAGGCUACAUAACGCAUGCAAUGCUACAUGUUGGGUUGUGCAGGCUACAAACGCAUGCAGUGCUACAUGGUGGUUUGUGCAGGCUACAUAAUGCAUGCAUGCUACAUGUUGCCUUGCGCAGGCUACAUAACGCAUGCAUUGCUGCAUGUUGGUUUGUGCAGGCUACAUAAUGCAUGCAUGAUACAUGUUGGCUUGUGCAGGCUACAGAACGGGUCACCAGCUUUUCUGAAGGGUUUGUGUGAAUGAGCCGCGGGCCAGAGGACUCUGCUGCAGGCGGUUGUCAUUUAAUACCUUUUUCUAAUGAGGAGGAACCCCUCAGCUUUUACCAAAUUGACCCUGAUUCAAACAACCAGAAGUCUUCUCUUCAUUCCAAGGAACUGAAACGUGUUUUCAGGCACUAACGGGGGAAGCGGGCCAUGCAGGAAAGCAACAUCGACCAGGUUAAAGACUACAUGGUAGAUUUCCUCCAGCGUUUUCAUCAGUGUAGACAUUUUUAUGUUCUGUCAAAGCCAAAACAGCUUUUUCUACUCGGUAAUAUUCCAGCUUUUGAAUCCUACAUACUUGAGUAAUAAGGGUUCUUUGCAAACAGGCCGAUAGGAAAACUACUCUGUAGAUUUUAUGACGCUUGCUAGGAUGAGUAAUUAUUGUGAAAUGCAUUUCCUUGUCUGCUCGGUAGUUUCAGCAUAUGCCGGACAGGGGAUGACAUUCUGCGUCACUAUAUCCAAGUCAUAGGCCUGCGUUUAGAGUUUAUUUAUUAUUAUUUUUCUUACUUAAGUGGCGCUCAUUCGCCAGUAUAUAUAUAUUCAGAACUGUUGACAUACAACUGAAGUUUGAAUGAGAAUUAAUUUCCUUAACAUGAAUUAUCAUGAUUAUUAUUGUUGUCAUGGCUGUGGCCUUAUGGUGCCCUACUGAAGUAAAUCACUCAUCGCCUUUGUACUGUUGCCGUGGCGACACAACCUGCCCACACCUGUAGAACUGGACUUGUGAGAUUAACGCGGUUUUGUGUUCAAGGGAUGUGUCGAAAUCCAGUGCAAGUAAUGCUUUCGUGUGGCAACCGGAAAAUCGCUAAAAAACAAAAACAGAUGAGACAUUACAUGAUUAGUGUGGAGAUUAACUAGACUUAACGAGCGUGUGUUAAUAAAGACAUCUGUAUGUUGAGCUCUGAUGGACGUCGUCCCAUGCCACAGUGACUCGAGGUUCCUUCUGCUCGACGGCCGGGUCCCAUCUCGGGGUCUGUGAGUAACGUGAACCGUCUGACAGGAACCCACGUUCAGAACAUGUUCUACGUGAUGAGUUGGUGGUCAGUUUACUUUUAAUUGUUUUUAUUUGAUGUCGAGGAAGGUAUUUGAUAGAGAAAUAGUUGCUGUUACAUGGUAAGUUAGAACUCAAUAUUUCAUCUUAGGUUUUGUGUUGAAGUAAGUGACAGGUUUAUUGACAUGCUCUGCUGUAGCCCUGUGUUAAUACAUCUGGGGUGGGGGGGGACAACUUGCUUUAAGACAUUGGACGCUCACCAGUGGAUUUGACAGCUGUUAUUGACAAGUGUACGACUGUUUCCAUAAAGAACAAGUUAUAUUGCCAACUGGAAUUACCUUUACCUGCAAAUCAACACUGUUGGUUGUUUGAGGAUUCUUGUUUGGGUAUGUUUCAACCUGUACGUGUCUAAUUAGUUUUGUAGUGUUCCCUGGAUAUUUUCUUAAUUGAGUUGCCUUAUCCUCUAUGUAAUUGAUUUCAAUGUAAAUCUUGCCAGCGAUCUGGGAAACCAUUUCAUUGACUUUCCCGAAUCCCCUCUGUCCCCUCCGUCCCCCCGUCCCCAUCCACACCCAUGCUCAGCCACUUGCCUCGCGUCUUUAUCGAGGCAAUACCUAAUGGAUGUUGUUGGUUAUGUUGGUGGCGGUGGAGUUUUGGAUAUCACAAACGAUGCCUUGAUGCCUUUCUGUUGUCUCCAUUUGGAGGACUUGCAAUGUAAAUAUUUAAACUGUAUUUAUAAAGAAACUAAAUAAAGACUAAAUCUCACAA